ACAUCAAGUGUGCACCUCCAACAAUGUGGUCAGCGAUGAAGUAUUGCUUGUGCAUUGUGCUGCUGUGUCUUACUUUAGAAAAUUUCUGGUUAUCUUUUGCUUAUUUACGGUUGUACCGUGCGUGGAUUUUCGCCCCUAAAUUUAUUCAAGCUAAUCGAGAUUACACAAUGGUGAUAAGUAACGUCCUUGUAAAAAAUAACAGCGAAUAUCUGGUAAGCCUUCGAAUAAAAGGAACGGACUGGGAGGGCCGUACCACGCUCAAUCUCACAAAAGCAGUACACUUGAAGCCGGAUACGCAACAGAUGAUAGCCCUUAAAAUUCCAAGCAACAUAACUGACGGAGAAUACUAUAUCACAAUCGAAGGAAAUAGAAUUGAUUCGUCAUUUCGUCUUGAAUAUCUUAGCUCCCAUUUGACUGGGUUGAUACAACUCAAUCAGCCCGUAAUUAUACCAGGAGAUAAGCUGAAGUUUCGAGUGAUCGUGGUCGAUGGCGAUCUGAAACCAGUUAAGUCACAUGAAACAACAGUGUCCGUAUACAUACGAGAUCCUCACAACCAAGUGAUACGAGAAUGGACCAAUAUCAGCCUCUAUAGCGGAGUGUUUGAAGGUCAAAUGGUAAUCUCUAGCAUACCGGUGCUGGGAACAUACCUUAUCGACGCCAGGGCAAACGGCAGGGGUGUGGCUUCGAAUAUAUUUGAAGUGAGGGAUGAUGACCUGUACUCGGUAGAUUUAAACAUUGUUCCAACGGUCGAGCCACUCCUUGAGCAUCAGGCGCUCAAUCUAACUAUAACAGUUGAAAAUUAUUUGGGAAAACCGGCCAAAGGAAAUGUAACCGUUAGACUCUACCACAGUAAUGAUGUGAUAGCGGUCCAAACAUGGCAUGUGAAUGGUAUCCGACAAGUCUAUCUACCUUUCAUGAAAAACGUGAACUUUAUGUAUUAUCAGGAAGAUCUGAUGCUGAAAGUCAACUUUACCGAGCAAUAUACAGGCCGUGUAACUACAAAAAAUAAGCAGUUAAUAGCAUACUAUUACAAGUACAAUGUGGAUAUAAAUAAUCUUAUAUACCAACCAGGUUCCCCAUUCAAGACAAUACUGAGAAUCACUCAUAACAAUGGUGAGAUUGCAAAAAAAGUUACUCUGUGUAUCAAACGCGUGAAUCAACGGAACUCUCGAGUAUAA